GCUGCGCCCAACUGCUUUGAAGCUGGGAACGGUGAAGUGGCGGCAGCUGAAUGUCAAUCGUCUCCCAGAGUUUCGUCCGUGGCUUGCUGAAGCAUCAUCCGAGUUUUGUCAGCGAAUGGGUGCUGGAGCGAAGCGCCGAUGGGAUUCGCUGUGGCUCCGGAAUGCUGGCAUCCCCGCAAAGCUUUGCCCUGUUCUGCAAACAGCUCAGAAUGACAUGAUACACAUACCAGCAGCGUACAUUCAGGAGUGGGUGGAGGUUGUAAGACUCAUGGACUCCUCAGGCAUGAAUUUCCAUCACAUCUUCGGAACUGCAGCUGUGGGACUUGCACCAGUAGAUGACAUUGAGGUCUUGUUGUCUUAUUAUCUAUCCAGUAAGAAUUGCAGUUGGCAGCUUCACGCUUAUCCACACUGGCAUGGCUUCCACCCUUGCAAGUUUG